UCCUUACUCAUUGAUCAAUGAGACAAAAGACAAUCCCAAACCCCCUCUCUUCCCUCAUUUUCGGCCAGCAUCCACCCAGAAAGAGCAAGGAAUCCUCUCAAACCUAUUCUCCAUUGUUGAAGAAGACUCCACAAGAAAGAAUCUCAAGAAAGGGAAUUAAAGUGCUAAAAGUGUGAAAGGAUUAAGGUAAUGACCUUAUCAUAACUUUUUCUUAAUUUUUCUCCUACCAUAUGAGAUGUAUAUCAUAUGAAGAACCAUUAGGAUUGUUCUACAUGAUAAGAAUGUGGAAUAAUGGGUUGGAAGGUGGCUUUAAGUCCAAAAACGGACUUAGGAGCCAAACCGACAAGUUCACCGGAAAAUAACCUUUUGGAGGUUAUUUGUAUUGAUAAAGGUUUUAUGAUGUUAAAACCUUGUUAGGAACUUGAUUAAAGUAUUUUUGAGCUUCGCCGGAGUUUUGCCGGAGUUGGUCAAAGUUCACCGGAAAUUAGUCAAAGUUCGACCGGGAAGCGUAGAACGCACGUGAGCUCACUUAAGUUUCAGGUAGGGAGUAAAGCCUGCUGCCAUCACCGUUGCUCGGGUAGGAUCCAAGAAGAGGAGACGUGGUUCGUGCCUCUUCAGACUCCAUUUUUCAAACACUUUAAUUAAUGCUCAUGGAUAAUGUUUUUCUAUUGAAUAUUUAAUAGGGGCUUGUAUGCCCAUGUUUGCCAAAGUGUGGCAUGAACACUUGUACCCAAUGUUUCCGCUGUUUGAAUGAAUAUUUUACAUUAUGUUUGUUUAUGGAUGUACUAUGUGUGAAUGGUAUUCAAGACGCCUAGUAUAGUAUGUGUUGAGUUUAAUCCAACACGAUAUAGUAAAUAUAUGUAUGAACACUCAGUUUUUACGUGGAAACCCGAAAGGGAGAAAACCACGGGACUUUUUAGGCUAAUGUCCAAGCCCUCUCUUUCUCAUUAGGACUCUCCUCACCAUUACAUAGUACAUUUUGAACUCCCAUCAAUGGAGUAUUUGAGCUAUUCUAAAAAAAGAAGGAAGAAAGGAAGGGAUCCAUAAUAUGGAGGGAAACUCCCAUAUUUAUAGAGAAUAGGGGAAGGGGAUGCUCUCCACCCUAAUGGGCCGCAUGGGCCGGAGUGGGCCCAAAUGGCUAAAGUGGGCCAGAUGGGCCGAAGUGGGCCUAACUGCUCGGGCUCCGUACUGAGUAAUGUCUUGGACUCCUGAACAGUAAUAGGCCGGGAUAAUAUAUCCCAACACAAGUCCCCUAGUUUCUUGAGUAGUGAGCUCGCGAAUCUGCUCGAGAAAAUAUACUCUGCCUGCGCUCUUCCUCUGUCUUGCUGGAAACUGUGUCUUCACAUAAUCAUAAUAUAUGAGUGAGUGUCUGCACUCCUGAACGUAAUCUGCCGGUGAGGCACCCCCUUCUCAACAGGGUCGGGCGAAGGGUGCUCCUCCACGGGAACACUCCCCCUGAAUGCGUCAGGCGGGAGUAAGGACUCUGACUCGAGCUUUCCAAUCGGAGAAGCUUAGAGGUCCAUGCAUCUAUAAACCGACGUCGCGGUACUGUCAAAACACGAUGCUCAUGUGUAUGUAUGAAUGUAUGAGGUAUGAUGCAUGAAUGCAUGAAUGCAUGUAAUGUAUGGGUGCAAUGUAUGGGAGAAGGAAUGUGAGAUGUGAUGGAAAGCGGUGGCUCUCAUCGAUUACCCGGGCAUGUCAGCGCCAAGAAGCAGACGCGCUGCAUAAGACGGGUCCCCCAUCCGAGAUGGCAUGGGCGGAGCCGAAGAUGGACUAGACAAGAUGCCGCCGAAGGGGCCACUCAUGCUGCAUAAGACGGAUCCCCCAUUCGAGAUGGCAUGGGCGGAGCCGGAGGUGGACUAGACAUGAUGCCGCCGAGGGGCCAAUCGAGCUGUAUAAGAGAUGUUCGUCGCCAUCCUGGAUGGGAUGGGCGAGCCGAACACGAGCCAGACACGAUGGCGCUGGGGCGCUGAUCGUGCUGCAUAUGAGACGUUCGUCGCCAUCCCGGAGGGGAGGCGUGAUCCGAACGUGAAAGAGACACGAUGGCGCUGAGGGGCCGAUCGUGCUGCAUAAGACGGUCGUCGCCAUCCUGAAGGGAAUGUGCGAGCCGAAUCGUGAAGCCAGGUACGAUGGCGCUGAGGGGCCGAUCGCACUGCAUAAGACGUUCGUCGCCAUCCUGGAAGAGAUGCGCGAUCCGAACAUGAAAGAGACACGAUGGCGCUGAGAGGCCGAUCGUGCUGCAUAAGACGGUCGUCGCCAUCCUGGAGGGAAUGUGCGAGCCGAACCGUGAAGCCAGGUACGAUGGCGCUGAGGGGCCGAUCGCACUGCAUAAGACGUUCGUCGCCAUCCUGGAAAGAUGCGCGAUCCGAACGUGAAAGAGACACGAUGGCGCUGAGAGGCCGAUCGUGCUGCAUAAGACGGUCGUCUCCAUCCUGGAGGGAAUGUGCGAGCCGAACCGUGAAUCAGGACACGAUGGCGCUGAGGGGCCGAUCGUGAUGCAUAAGACGUUCGUCGCCACCCUGGAAAGAUGCGCGAUCCGAACGUGAAAGAGACACGAUGGCGCUGAGAGGCCGAUCGUGCUGCAUAAGACGGUCGUCUCCAUCCUGGAGGGAAUGUGCGAGCCGAACCGUGAAUCAGGACACGAUGGCGCUGAGGGGCCGAUCGUGAUGCAUAAGACGUUCGUCGCCACCCUGGAAGGGAUGGACGAGCUGAACGUGAGUUGGGUACGAUGGCGCUGAGGGGCCGAUCGUACUGCAUAAGACGGUCGUCGCCAUCCUGGAGGGAAUGGGCGAUCCGAACCGUGAAUCUGGACACGAUGGCGCUGAGGGGCCGAUCGUGAUGCAUAAGACGUUCGUCGCCACCGUGGAAGGGAUGGACGAUCCGAACGUGAGCUGGGUACGAUGGCGCUGAGGGGCCGAUCGUACUGCAUAAGACGGUCGUCGCCAUCCUGGAGGGAAUGGGCGAUCCGAACCGUGAAUCAGGACACGAUGGCGCUGAGGGGCCGAUCGUGAUGCAUAAGACGGUCGUCGCCAUCCUGGAGGGAAUGGGCGAUUCGAACCGUGAAUCAGGACACGAUGGCGCUGAGGGGCCGAUCGUGAUGCAUAAGACGUUCGUCGCCACCCUGGAAGGGAUGGACGAGCCGAACAUGAGCUGGGUACGAUGGCGCUGAGGGGCCGAUCGUACUGCAUAAGACGGUCGUCGCCAUCCUGGAGGGAAUGGGCGAUCCGAACCGUGAAUCUGGACACGAUGGCGCUGAGGGGCCGAUCGUGAUGCAUAAGACGUUCGUCGCCACCCUGGAAGGGAUGGACGAUCCGAACGUGAGCUGGGUACGAUGGCGCUGAGGGGCCGAUCGUACUGCAUAAGACGGUCGUCGCCAUCCUGGAGGGAAUGGGCGAUCCGAACCGUGAAUCAGGACACGAUGGCACUGAGGGGCCGAUCGUGAUGCAUAAGACGGUCGUUGCCAUCCUGGAGGGAAUGGGCGAUCCGAACCGUGAAUCAGGACACGAUGGCGCUGAGGGGCCGAUCGUGAUGCAUAAGACGUUCGUCGCCACCCUGGAAGGGAUGGACGAUCCGAACGUGAGCUGGGUACGAUGGCGCUGAGGGGCCGAUCGUACUGCAUAAGACGGUCGUCGCCAUCCUGGAGGGAAUGGGCGAUCCGAACCGUGAAUCAGGACACGAUGGCGCUGAGGGGCCGAUCGUGAUGCAUAAGACGGUCGUCGCCAUCCUGGAGGGAUGGACGAUCCGAACCGUGAAUCAGGACACGAUGGCGCUGAGGGGCCGAUCGUGAUGCAGAAAAAUAGUGAUGAUCAUCUCAUGGCCCUCGGCCUCUCGGUGAUGUGUCAAGUCUCUCUCCUGAUUGGCUGUGGGAAGCCGAUCGUCUGCCAGGACUCCAUCCGGGAAGGAAUGGUGAGCCUGAAAUAAAUCUGGGCGAUGUCCCUCUUGUCUGAUCUGGGAAGCUGGUCUUCGUUCGUCUACCGUAUCCGUGGUCCUAUGUACGGACCGCUAAGCGGUGUACACUCGGCACACAACAGACUCCGAUAAAGAACUGGUCCCUCCUGUCUGAUCUGGGGAGCUAAUCUUCGUUCGUCUACCGUAUCUGUGGUCCUAUGUACGGACCGCUAAGCGGUGUACACUCGGCACACAACAGACUCCGAUAAAGAACUGGUUCUUCGUGUCUGAUCCAUGGAGCUGGUUUUCGUUCGUCUACCGUAUCUGUGGUCUUAUGUAUGGACCGCUAAGCGGUGUACACUCGGCACACAAUCAGACUCCGGUAAAGAAUUGGUUCUUCGUGUCUGAUCCAUGGAGCUGGUUUUCGUUCGUCUACCGUAUCUGUGGUCCUAUGUAUGGACCGCUAAGCGGUGUACACUCGGCACACAACCAGACUCCGGUAAAGAACUCGGUCUUCGUUCUUCCCAAGUCUCGUGAGUACUGGUCUCCUGGUUUCGCAGGAGACGUUCGUCAUCCCAACUAUGAGAAGAAACAGGUUUAUCCACGUCGGGAUUCCCUAUUCUUCGUUCGUCCCUGUCGUGGUCCUACUAAUCUUCUUACUUCGAAGAAGACGUUCGGUCAUCCAACGAUCGCAAGGAGGAACAGGUUUAUCCACGUCGGGAUUCCCUAUUCUUCGUUCGUCCCUGUCGUGGUCCUACUAAUCUUCUUACUUCGAAGAAGACGUUCGGUCAUCCAACGAUCGCAAGGAGGUCACUGGUUUAUCCACGUCGGGAUUCCCUGCUUCGUCGUCCCAUGCUCGUGGCCCUACUAGCCUUCUGCUUUGGCAGAAGGUGUUCAUCGAUCCACGGGAAAUGGGAGGAACUGGUUUAUCCUGCCGAGGUUCCCUUUGGUACGUCUAGCCUCCCCCACGUUCUACUAACCUCCGCGUCGGGAGACGUUCGUCAUACGCGGCGAAGGAAGAUCAGGCAUACCUCGUCAAGACUCCCUCUCUCAUAGGAGCUUCUCUCUCCCCUUCUCCCCAUCUUUUUUUUUUUUUUUUUUUUGAGGGAGGAAAAUACGUUCGUCGGUUUCCAAGAAUGACCACAAGUGAUGUCACACGUAAUGGUGGUGGGAUACCAAAAUGAAGCGGAUGACGAGGCGAUGGAAAUGCUGGUCGUCAUGCGAAGGCGAUGGUCACCCUCCUGGAGGGGAGGGGUGAGCCCGAUCGCUAACUCAAGAAGGUCGGCAUCGGGAGCCGAUAUAUAAUGAUCAUAAUGUCGCUGAGUAGCCGGUCCUGAUAAGGAGAUGACAAUAGUGUCCGAUCAAGCCGAUAUAUCCAAGCAACGGCUCUCAUCCACGCAGCGCGGGGAUGAAACCGGUCUUCAAAAGAUAAAUAUGUCGUGCCGGGUGGCCGAACAUAACAUGAUAGUGUCGGCAGUAAGAGGCCGACCUGAAAGAAUCAAGAAAUGGUCCUCGUCCGCGAGGGGCAGGGACAAGGCCGGUCUUCAAAAGAUAAACACGCCGUGUCGGGAGGCCAGUCGUGAUAUAAUAACAUCGACAAUGAGAGGCCAAUCUGAGAAAACAAGCAACGGUCCUCAUUCGUGCAGUGCGGGGACGAGGCCGGUCUUCAAAUAAGAUAAACACGCCGUGCCAAGAGGCCGGUCGUGAUAUAAUGAUGUCGGCAAUGAGAGGCCGAUAUGAGAAAACAAGCAACGGUCCUCAUCCGUGCAGUGCGGGGACGAGGCCGGUCUUCAAAUAAGAUAAACACGCCGUGCCAAGAGGCCGGUCGUGAUAUAAUGAUGUCGGCAAUGAGAGGCCGAUAUGAGAAAACAAGCAACGGUCCUCAUCCGUGCAGUGCGGGGACGAGGCCGGUCUUCAAAUAAGAUAAACACGCCGUGCCAAGAGGCCGGUCGUGAUAUAAUGAUGUCGGCAAUGAGAGGCCGAUCAAGUGUAUCCGUGCAACGGCUCUCAUCCGCGCAGCGCGGGGAUGAUACCGGUCUUCAGGUGAUAAACACGCCGUACCGUGAGGUCGGUCGUGAUGUAAGGAUGGUCCCACGACCCUCGGCCGUAGUGGUCUCCUCUAGGCCACCGGCUCCUGGUGUGGAGAUGCUCGUAUCACGGCUCUCAGCCGUGAUGGUUUCCUCUUGGCCCUCGACCUCUGGAUGAUGGAUGAUCGUCUCACGGUUCUUCGCCGUGGCAGUUCCCUCUAGACCCUCGGCCUCUAGGUGUUCUUCCUAGGCCAUCGGUCUCUGGGGUGGAGAUGCUCGUCCCACGGUUCUCAACCGUGGUGGUCUCCUCUAGGCCCUCGGCCUCUAGGUGGAGAUGCUCGUCUCACGGUCCUCAGCCAUGAUGGUCUCCUCUUUAGCCGACCCUGCACGUCUUCAAGACUCGGGCCGAGCGUCUUCUAAUCAUUUCGCUCAAGCGCGUCGAGUGACUUCAGCUACGCAAUAAGCAUGAUAACGGGCCGCACGGCCCGACAAUAAAUAUGCACACAUAAUCAUCUGCAUGGCCCUCUCUCUAACACCCACGAUUACCGUUGUUUGUCCCUUUAUCAACAAUCAAACUAAUGGGAUAUGGAUGGAGUAGAGAAGAUACAACUUCUGUUCAAUACCAAAUAAAGAUUUCGAAUUACAGCUCUGGGUAUCGAGAAGUGAAGUAUCGGCUCUCUCUCUAGACUACAAUGAUAUGCGCGCUGAAUAAUCUGUAAAAGCCUCUUUCGCACAUUCCCUUAAAGGCAAUAUUUAUAUGCCUAGGGAAUGUGUGAUGUGACCUAAGCAUGAUUGGGCUCUUUUAUUGAUUGGGCCCAAUAGCACACUUUACACACUUCCUAAGAAAGCUAGUCUAAUAAUAGCUGAAAUAUCUAGACAAAAUAGCUACACAAAUGCAAAGAUAUUUAUCAGGAUUGGACACCAGAAAAAGUCCUAACAACCGGCCUAUGGGUCAUCGUGACCCUCGGCCCGGCUCAUCGUGCGGGGUUAAUGGACGUAGCAGCUCGCGGCGGGGCCAAUUAGCAGCCCGCCGGACGUCACAUAGAAAUAUUCAUCGGUCUGUGAGUUUUCAAACUCAGACCCAAGUUGGUCGCACCGCCCUCGGAAACACGAGGCCGAGCGCUUUGGUGCCCUCGGGGCCCCACAGGCCGCGUCUGGCAAGAGUCACCUCUCGCCUAAUGGCGUAGAUGAUACUGGGGUACGGUCGUCGAUCGGGCACGUAGUGCCGUGUGGACUAAUGUGCAACCCUCCAAUUAAAAUGCGUCGUCGGGGCUUCGCCCUUUUGGAGACGCUCAGAUCGCUUAAUCAAGCGGAUCGAGAGUGGGCCAACGGGCCCACAAGAAAUUAAAUACUCAAUAAAAUGUUGGCUGAACCAACCAUCACUAGAGCUUCGCUCCACAUUAUUUAAUUCGGGACAUUUUAUCCCUAAUAAAUAUAGUGAUAUAACAGGUAAUAGCAAUGAUGUUAUCCUAUCAAAGGCCAUUCAGGUAUGCUCCGCUCGCUAAUUAAAGCCGAUCAAGAGCGGGCCGACGGGCCCACAAUAACAGCAAUUAAUUAAAAAUGACGGUGAAAACUAGUUAUCACUAGAGCGUCGCGCGACAUUAUUUAAUUUCGGGAUAUUUUAUCCCUACUAAAUAAUGGUGAUAAAAACUAGCAAUAUUUCUUAUUUUUAAUAUCUUUACGGAGUAUCAAAAAAGUGCAAGAACGGGUACUUAGCUUCAAAAUAGACGUUCGGCCAAGAAGCUCGUGGAGUCAGAUCCGCUCCCCUUUUAAAUUUGACUUAGUCAACUUAAGGGACCAGCUGGCCCCCACAUCUUUGACCGAGUGGCAAGGCUUCGGCAUAGGCUUGCUGGAAUUCUUCAAUUUUGACUUUGUCAAAAUUCUCCCAGAAGUUUUGGCCCCAUUUUCUUUGGCUCUAACCUUGGAGACGUGGUCUGCUCCCAGUCAAGUAAAGAGCACCUUUUCAGAGAGGAAGACGAGAAACACCCAUCCCCAACCGAAAGCAAACGGCACCUGCUGAUUAGUGACGGCGGUGAUGUCUGCUGCAGCGGAGUGAGGGCGGCCAGGGAAGCUCGUUUCCGGCGGAAGCUCGACCAGAUUACCGAACAUACUUCUCGUGAGCUUGAAAACACCAUUAAUGGCGGGAAUCCAGGGGGUUCCGGUCUGUAGUGAGGUGGACAAGACAGCCACGAACGGUGACCGGCGACCCGACAAGAUCUGGACAGGUUCCCGAUUCGGACCUCGCAGACUCCGGCCAUGGCUUCUACACUUCCCUCUUUUGCUGAAACCAGUUCAUCUGGCAUCAAUUUUUUUUGUAGAAAACCCAAGAACAGUAGAACACAUGAAUCUUUUUGGACAGAUUCCCACAGACGGCGCCAGUGUUGAGUUUAAUCCAACACGAUAUAGUAAAUAUAUGUAUGAACACUCAGUUUUUACGUGGAAACCCGAAAGGGAGAAAACCACGGGACUUUUUAGGCUAAUGUCCAAGCCCUCUCUUUCUCAUUAGGACUCUCCUCACCAUUACAUAGUACAUUUUGAACUCCCAUCAAUGGAGUAUUUGAGCUAUUCUAAAAAAAGAAGGAAGAAAGGAAGGGAUCCAUAAUAUGGAGGGAAACUCCCAUAUUUAUAGAGAAUAGGGGAAGGGGAUGCUCUCCACCCUAAUGGGCCGCAUGGGCCGGAGUGGGCCCAAAUGGAUAAAGUGGGCCGGAUGGGCCGAAGUGGGCCUAACUGCUCGGGCUCCGUACUGAGUAAUGUCUUGGACUCCUGAACAGUAAUAGGCCGGGAUAAUAUAUCCCAACAGUAUGGAUGAGUUGGACUGCGGUUGACUAUUCGUACUGUACGGCGGGUUGUUGACGUGUCCGGUAGGUCUGGGGCGUGACAAAGCAUGGUAUGAAAAUGACAUGUAACACUCGUCAGACUUAUGGUCAAUAAGCAAAUGUGUCUAAAUAGAGACAAUAUUGCCACUGUAGUUCAGGAAUCUACUCCCAGAAAACCUAGGGGUCAGCCAAGAAAUAAUGGAAAACCUCCCCACAAUGCUACACCAACCCCAACAAGUGAACCACAUAGCCAUCAUUCUGUCAUGGCUCAACCCAACAUGAUCGACAAGGGUGGGAGAGUCAUUAGAAUAGGAAGGGGAUCAAUAGGAGGGAGAUGAUCUAGAGGAAGAGGAUACUGAGCUAAAGGUGGAAGAAGUAGUGGGGUGAUAGAAAAAAGGUUCUAGGUCAGUCAGGAGGAGCAAGACUAGUGACACAAAGCAGAGACUCUAUGGUGAUAUCUUCUCAAAUCAACUAAAAUCAACUUUAACUUUGGGAAGUUUGUAAUUCUGGGCAUGGAUAAAAUCAACUAAAAUACAACUUUAACUUUUGGAAGUUUGCAGUUCUGGGAAUGAAUGAAAAGAUGGUCAUAUGUAG